AGCAUCAAAGGUAGUUAAUCUAGUGCGCGUGCCGCUAGGUUAACGCAAACAUUAAAAAAACACAGCAACAGGUAAAGCAAGGCCGACGGUGAACAAGCGCGUAGAAUAGACAGACGAAGAGCAGACGAGCAACAUGUGAUAAUGAUUGUGUUUAUGGUGGUGGAAGUCAAUGAGAGAAUGAGUUACUGCAAGUUGUAUUGUUUUAGCUGCAAAUUGACAAUGCUAUUAAUUGUUCCGAUUUGUUGUUAUUUCUGUUUUCAGAAUGACUAACUCGUUUCUCACUCUUGAAAGAUUGAAUCAUUUUUAAAGCUUUUAAUCUCGUUAUUCUGGCAGAAUAUGACUAGUAAUUAAUUAUCUGUUGGUAGAGUUUAAUGACAGCAAGUGGGCAGCAUGUGUUGAUAGGUGUGAACAUGUGUGAGUAGUGUGUUUUUACAUCAUACAUGUAGUCUAGGAGAACAAAAGCGGUAUCCCUUAUUAUUUUGUAUCGUUCAAUACGAGAUGCUUUGCAUUGUACAUGCCAAGCUACACAAUGCUGGGAAUAUUGGGACUUGAAAUAUUGAUAUUUAUGCAUAUAUUAUUUAUUUAAUUCAUUGCCUAAUUUAAAAAAAGGAAAAAAAUCCACUUAAUCUCCACAUUUAACCACUAUUUUUUUUUUAUUAUAAGUUUUGUGCUAGUGAGAUAAUUUGAAAUCACAACACAUACUCGAGGAUGAAUAUUUACCAUCAACGCUACAACCAACAUCCCAUAGUGCGCGAUGAAACGGGUUAAGACGUUACCUGUACGCUUGAUCGCUCACAGCCACCUCGUCUAGCCCUUCUAGGCAUGAUGAGUGCCGCUGAUACCGCUUGUUUUCUUAUGUUGAGCUUCCCACCGACGAACGCUUCUCGCUUCGAGUUUAUUUAGUACAGACAGCCGGUCAACGGGGCAGUUGCUCAUGCGCUGCUCGAUCGAGAGCAACAGUACAACGUGUGGCUUUGCUCUUAUCGACGGUGGGCUAUCGAUACUUUCCUAGUUCAAGUGCAAACAUUACGCCUUUAUUGUUCUCGUGUGUGCAUAACAGGUUAAAGGUCCAUCGGUAGAGCCAUCAAGUCCAGCUGCUUGGUGCGCUUCUGGCUCAGUCAAGCUCCGCCGCGUAACGAGAUAAUUGGGUCAUUACAGACCUGCGCGCUUACGCAGAACCUGUUUCGAGCGAAAACGCGAACUGCUGGUGUUCUCUCCCGUUACGAUCAUGUCGGAGCUCAGUACGAUCUUUCACGGUGUGCUCGUGUUUGUUGUGUUUGCCGUCUACCUACAGUGGCUGAUGAAACGAUGGCAGCUGAGCCAGAUAUUUGAGAAGAUACCGGGCCCGAAAGCUUACCCGAUCAUCGGCACGAUGUACUCGUUCAUUGGCAAACAGCGGCACGAAAUCUUCUACCUGCUAGACGAGCGGACUCGCCGCUACCCGGAAAUCCACCGCGUAUGGACCGGGCUGACCCCCGAGGUACGCAUCAGCAAACCGGAGUACGUCGAGCAGGUAAUCGGCUCCAGCAAACACAUCGAAAAAGCCACCAUGUACCGCUUUCUGCACGAUUGGCUCGGCAACGGACUGCUCACCUCCAAAGGUGAGCGUUGGCAUCAGCACCGUAAGCUCAUCACACCGACCUUCCACUUCAACAUCCUCGACGGCUUCUGCGACGUGUUCGCCGAGAAUAGCGAGGAGAUGGUGGAAUACCUGCGGCCGCACGCCGACACCGGCAAACCGGUCAACGUGUAUCCGUUCAUCGCGAAAGCGGCUCUGGACAUCAUUUGCGAAACGGCCAUGGGUGUGAAGGUGAAUGCUCAGAGCGAAGGCGAGGAGAACGAUUACGUCAAGGCAGUCUGCGAGCUUAGCAGACUGUUUGUGGAGCGUAUGGUUCGUCCCUGGUUGCAUCUGGACUUUAUCUGGCUGCGGUCCCGGUUCGCGGCACGGUACAAGAACGCCCUGGACACUGUGCAUAACUACUCUCGCGAGGUAAUCCGGGACCGAAAGGCAGCACUCGAGUCGGCAAAGAAAUCUGCCGGCGCAGAGACAAGCGACGGGGAAGCGUUUGGUGUGAGGAAGCGUAUGGCGUUUCUGGAUCUGCUGCUGGAAGGAAAUCAGGCCCACAACAUUAUGACCGAUGAGGAUGUCCGUGAAGAGGUGGAUACGUUUAUGUUUGAGGGACACGACACAACGACAGCUGGCAUCAGCUGGGUGCUGUUCCUGCUCGCCCUCCAUCCGGACGUGCAGGAGCGGGUGUGCGAGGAGAUUGAGUCGAUUUUUCCGCCCGGCGACGACCGGGCCGCCACGAUGCAGGACCUGAACGAGCUGAAGCUGCUGGAGCGGUGCAUCAAGGAGGCGCUGCGGCUGUAUCCGUCCGUGUCCUUUUUCGGUCGAACGCUCAGCGAGGACGUCCAGCUCGGCGGGCACCAGGUGCCGGCCCAAACCAUCGUGGGCAUCCAUGCGUACCAUGUGCACCGGGAUGAAAGGUUCUAUCCCGACCCGGAGAAAUUCGAUCCGGACCGUUUUCUGCCGGAAAACACGGAAAACCGUCACCCGUACGCGUACAUCCCGUUCAGUGCGGGGCCGAGGAACUGCAUCGGGCAGAAGUUUGCGCUGCUGGAGGAGAAGAGCAUCGUGUCGAGCGUGUUGCGCCGCUACCGGUUGCGGUCGGUUCGGACGCGCGACGAGCAGAAGAUUAUGCACGAGCUCAUCACGCGCCCGAAGGAUGGCAUCCUGCUGUACCUGGAGUCGCGGCAGAAGAAGGUAGACGCGUAGGGCUGGCUCGUUGGGAGGUUGGUUGUUUAUCAAAAAGGGGGUUCUUUUCGCUUUUUGGUUAGCUUCUAAAGGGUAAGGGAAAUUACUGAGAGCAAUGUGAUUUUGGCAAUAAAACGGAAAUGUAAAAAAUAGGGUUUUUCCAGAAAAAAACAUAAAAGCGUUGGUAAUUAUUUAGAUAAUCAGAUUGGAUUCUUAUGUUAUUUAACUCAAUUAUAUAAAGCUGGAUUUAAAUAAAUUUGUUCUUAUUAGUUUUUAAUUAAAA